UAUAAAGUGUCGCCUCACCCUGCAGUAGAAGUUGUUGGGGUAUUUUCUGGGAUUAAACUACAGUCUCCUCCACCGAGCUCCAGGACCAUGUUGUUUAGUCUCCUCUUCACCGUGUGGAUAAUUCUUCCAGCACAGGUUUUUGUCUUUAACCUGGACACACAGAACGUGAUGAGGAAGCGUGGAGAAGCAGACAGUUUGUUUGGAUUUUCUAUGGCCAUGCAUCAUCAGCUCAAACCUUCAGACCAGCGCGUAUUGCUGAUUGGAGCUCCUCGUGCUAAAGCAUUGCCUGUUCAAAACGCCAAUAUAUCUGGUGGCCUGUACAGGUGUAAAUUCACAACUCAACCUGAUGACUGUGAACGCAUCCCUGUUGACAUAAAAGCUCGAUCUAAAGAUCAUCCAGGAGUGGACUAUAGAGAAAACCAAUGGCUGGGUGUUAGUGUUCAAAGUCAAGGACGAGGAGGCAAAGUAGUGACCUGUGCACACCGGUACCAGGAUUGGAGCUUCACCAAUCAACGGUUAUUGGGCAGAUGCUUUGUCAUGGGACAGGACCUUGUACUAGGGACAGAUGGGGCAGACACAAGGUCAUUUUGUAGGACUCGGGAGACAGAUAAACACAACUUUGGGUACUGUCAACAGGGUCUCUCUGUAGCUUUUUCCAAAGACGGCAAAUAUCUUGUUUAUGGAGCUCCAGGAGCAUAUGACUGGAAAGGCAUUGUGCACAUGGAGCCUGUUGAGGAUUUCUCUCUGGAGAUCUAUGAAACAGCAGAUGAACACGAGCUCAAUCCUUUGGACAUCAGCAGCUUUUUAGGCUUUGCUCUGGAUACUGGGAUGAACCUGAUGAAGAAAGGAGAACUGAAUGUGGUAGCAGGCGCUCCACGAUCAAACCACAGCGGGGAGGUUUUACUACUGAGACCAGAAGACAGAACAGAAGCUAGAAACUUAAAAGUCGAACACAUCCUUCGAGGACCGGGUUUGGCCUCCUCCUUUGGCUACGACCUCACCAUUCUUGACUUAAACUCAGACGGGUGGGAUGACCUUGUUGUGGGAGCACCCGAGUUCUCCAGUAAAAACAUGGAUGAUGAUGUAGGAGGUGCUGUGUACGUUUACAUCAACCAAGCCGAAGGACAACACUGGAGCCAGAUCCAGCCAGUGUGUCUGUAUGGUAAAAGAGACUCCAUGUUUGGAUUGGCGGUGGCGCAUGUUGGGGAUCUCAAUCAAGAUGGAUACCAAGAUUUUGCAGCGAGCGCACCAAAUGAGGAUUCAGGGAGAGGUCAAGUGUAUAUUUAUCAUGGUUCAGCUGCAGGAUUUCAUCACAAACCAACGGUUUUAGAUGCUGGAGAUCAUAGCAUCAGAUUGUUUGGUUAUUCCUUGGCUGGAAACAUGGAUAUGGAUGGUAAUGGCUAUCCAGACCUGGCUGUGGGUUCAUUCUCAGAUACUGUGCUUAUUUACAGGACUAAGCCAGUGAUAAACAUAGAAAAGACCUUAACAUUAACACCAAAUAAUAUUGACUUCAAAGCACAGGACUGCAAGAGAAAACCAUGCAUAAUUACAGCUCAAUCCUGCUUCACCUACACUGCUGAGCCGCAAACAUACAAUCCCAAGCUACGGAUCGAGUACAAACUGGAGGUCGAUACGCUGCGCAGAGAGAGGGGUCUUCCUUCACGAGUGGUCUUUGUUAAUUCGGACGCUGCAAACGGACACCAGCAACUGAAAGGACAAAGGCAUAAAUCAUGUGUUCAGACCAAGCUGAGACUACUGGGAGAAAUCCAAGACAAGCUGACCAGUAUUCGCAUCAGCCUGUCUGUUUCUCUACCAUCUGACAAUCCAAAGCAGACCAUCAGAAACCUGCCUGAUCUAGAGCCAGUUCUCAACUCACUGCAGGAAAACACAAGCAAAGCAGAGGUCUCGUUUCUGAACUCGGGCUGUGGAAGUGACAACAUCUGCCAGAGUAACCUGCAGCUCCAGUACAGCUUCUGCACCAAAGACCAACAGCAGGACCAGUGUGACCCUCUAGCCAUAGAAAACGGUGUUCCUGUAAUUUCGCCUGGCGAUGUGAAUGUUGCCCUGGAGGUCACAGUCACCAACACAGGUGGAGACGAUGCCCAUCACACUCAACUCUAUGUGAUGUUUCCAGAAGUUUUGCAUUUAUCAUCAGUCGUGCUGAAGAAGAACAGCGAUACCCAGGUGCAGUGUAACCCCAAUGAGAAUAAAACACAGGCCGACUGCCAACUUGGAAAUCCUUUGAAAAGAGACGCAGAGGUUUCAUUCUUCCUGAUGCUGAACACAGAAAAACUUUCCUUAAGAGUAACUGCUGCUAACGUGACUUUGGCCCUUAAAACGAUCAGCAUUCAAGAUGUCCCAAUAGUUGUUGCGGAAGCCAAAAUUAUAUUUGAACUGCAUCUAAAUAUCAUUGGUCUUGCUAAACCUUCCCAGUUGUUCUUUGGAGGAGAAGUGAAAGAUGAGAAAUCCAUGAAGGCAGAAGAUGAUGUUGGCUCUUUGGUCCAAUAUGAGUUUAGGAUUUUUAACAUCGGUCGGCCUCUGAAGUCCUUCGGUUCUGCUGUGCUGAAUAUUCAGUGGCCAAAAGCGACUAAAGCAGGAAAACGGCUGCUGUACCUGAUGCAGAUCACUGAUCGAGGAAAAAACCUCAUUCACUGCACUCCGCCAGAGGAUAUCAACACACUCAGAUUUAACAUGGCUUCAUCCAGAGGAAAGCGGGAACUGGAGCGUGAAUCCGGCUUGAAAGCUCUUCCCUCCACUUCUGAUUUUUUCCCCUUUCUGGGCAACAAAAGGAAGUAUAAAACCCUGUCGUGCGCGGAUGAGUUAAGCUGUGUGGAGCUGCGAUGCCCUCUAGAGGCGCUGGACAGCAGUGCAGUAAUCUUGCUGCAUGCGCGCUUAUGGAACAACACCUUUCUUCAGGAGUACAGCUCAUUGAACUACUUGGACAUCAUAUUAAAUGCAUCUUUGACCCUUAAUGGGACUCAAGGGAAUAUUGGAAUGCAACCAUCAGAUACUAAGGUGAAGCUGACAGUUUUUGCAGAGAGAAGAGCUGCUCUGCUCAGCCGAGUGCCGUGGUGGCUCAUUCUGCUCAGCGUCGUGACCGCUCUGCUUUUACUAGCUUUGCUCUUCUACCUGUUGUGGAAGUUUGAGUGCUUGACGUGUGGAGCGUGUGACAAACAGAAGGAAGUUUAAGAAUCAAAAGAGAAGAAAUGUUGAGCAGACUGAGACAAGUCUUCUCAAAGAUUGACAAGAUUCUGUACAGGUUUUAAUUUUUCUUUUAUACUGAUAUAUUUUCCCCUUGUACACAUAUCUGUAUUUUUUAUAUUUCAUGUGCAUAAAUAAAUUUAGUGAUUUAACAGGACUGAGGACAGUUUGUAGUUAAUUAUAAGACAAAAUAUACUUUUCUGCACUUAUUACAUUUACAUUUUUUAACAAUUGCUAGGAUAAUUUUCUCAAUAGUUUAGUCACCUUCUCAACACAACAGCGCAGUGAACACAACAGCAGUCUAUAUACAGUAUGAGCGAAACUGUGGAUCAUUUAUUAUUGCUUUCACACAAUGCAUUUACUGACUACAUCUUUCAAAUGACAGGAUUUAUCAAAAACAAGCUAAACUCAAUGUACUGCUGUAUGUACGCUACUGGCCAAUUUACAUGUUUGAUGUACAAAAUUGCUAAAAUCAAGUACAAAACUAAAUAUAAUUUUGCUCUAUUUCUACAGUAAUACCCUCUUGAAAUAUACCACAAAUCUUGUUUCCUUGUUGGAUGACAGACGUUCUUAGUGUUAUGAGGGUAUUGGUGAUUUGACAAAUCUUAUUAUGAAGUAUGAGAAUGUUUUGUUUCAUGACAACAAUAAUUUAAGUUAUUU